GUUCUCAAGGAGUGCAGCGACGUUCAGAAGAUGUCUGACGAAAUGGAGGGUCGCGGUGCAGCAAAGCCUGUCAAGAAAGCUGAUAAACGGAAGGCACCAACAAUUGAAGACCGGACCGGGCAGCGACUCAGGUUGGAGCUUGUCCAAGAGGGGUCCCUUGCACCGCUCACACAGGGUCCGUCCUCUGUCGCUGCUGACCCCUCGGGCACCCAGACUGAAGCCAUUGUAGCCAAGGCAGAAACCAAGGCAGCCGAAGCCAGGGCUGCCAAAGCCGAGGCCAGGGCAACUGAGGCCGAGACUAAGGCAGCCAUGGCCGAAGCCAGGGCUGCCAUAGCCGAGGCCAGGGUGGCUGAGGCCGAGGCCAGGGCGGCUGAGGCCGAGGCCAGGGCCAGGUGCAUGGUGGCCGAGGCCAGGAACAUGCAGACUGAGGCCGAGGCCAAGGUGGCCGAGGCCGAGGCCAAGGUGGCCGAGGUCAAGACCGAGCUGGCCGAGGCCAAGAAAAAGACGGCCGACGCGGAGGCAAGGGUGCUGCUUGUGUUCGACCACUCGUGCUAUCUACUUGCAGGUCUUACCAGAGCCUUGGAGGCCAUCGGAGAUUGGAGCCACCUUUUUUAUUAUUUUGUUUUUUUAAUUUUAGUAAUACUAUUUUUUUCCUGGCUCUCGAGACGCUGACAUAUGAUAUCCCUAAUUCGGCCCCUCAGCCUAAAAAUUUGGAGACCCCUGCUUUAAAGUUUUUCGGGUCACACUUUCCAGCAACUACAAACGCUUUUGAGCAGCUGUGCUUAGGCGCAGUCAAAAUUGGCUUUCAUUUUUUUAAUGAUUAUUGCAUUACUGUGGUUGCGCGACAGGUUACUUACACCCCUGUCAGACGGCAGCUAAAAUGGCAUUUACGCCAAAUGACA